UAAUCAAAAUCAAUUCUUGGCACUUGCUUGUUGGCUAAACUCUCUUUGAAUCAAAGUUUUCAUUCUCUCAUGGUUUGUGUCCAAUGUCACUGUCACCCUCACAAUUUGCUCUUUUCUUUCUGUGUCUCUCAUCUCAACCAGCUAGUUGGUUAUUCUUUCCCUGGUAGUUGCAAAAUCUUGGAUUUAAACUCUUCUUUCACUUUGUUUUAUCUUUCACUUCUUUGCUGCAAAACAUGCCAAGCCCAACACACAAUGCAGAUUUUUAGAAUCUUUUUAAACUUUGUUGUAUCUUAUAUUCUUUCAUAGUAUAAAUCCAUCCUACCUAGUCUGGGGUAUCCUGUUUUCCAUUCUUGGAAAGUGCACUUUGAAUUUUGUUAGUUUCAUUGCAGUGAAGUGAGUGGUUGACCAGGAACGAGCACAUGUAUAGAAAAUUCUGGGAAAAGAUGAAGCUUUUUACUUCAUUGUUGUUUCUCAGUUUAAUUUUCACGCUCUCUCUUGUGGCUUCUGACACUGUGCCCUUAAACGAAGUUAUGGCGCUUAUGAACUUCAAAGAAGCUAUCUAUGAAGACCCAUAUCAAGUUUUAUUCAAUUGGGAUACGGUGGAAGCAGAUCCUUGUAACUGGUUUGGAGUUUCAUGCACUAUGGCUCGAGAUCAUGUCAUCAAGCUAAACAUAUCAGGAUCAUCAUUAAAGGGGUUUCUUGCACCAGAGUUGGGGCAAAUCACAUCCUUGCAAGAACUAAUUUUGCAUGGCAACAGUCUCAUUGGGACAAUACCUAAAGAGUUGGGGGUGUUGAAAUUUCUCAUGGUAUUGGAUUUGGGAAUGAAUCAGUUAUCGGGACCAAUUCCUCCAGAAAUUGGAAAUCUAACCCAAGUUGUGAACAUAAAUUUACAGUCCAACAGGUUGAGUGGUAGGCUACCUCAGGAGCUUGGAAACUUGAGAAACCUUCAAGAACUUCGGCUGGAUAGGAAUAGGCUUCAAGGACCUGUUCCUGCUGGUGGUAGUUCGAAUUUUGCUUCAGAUAUGUAUGCAUCACAGCAGAAUGUAACGGGCUUCUGUCGUGCGCCUCAGUUAAAAGUAGCAGACUUCUCGUAUAAUUUUUUAGUUGGUAGAAUACCCAAAUGCUUGGAGUAUCUUCCAAGGUUAAGCUUUCAAGGGAACUGCCUCCAGAACAAGGAUUUAAAGCAGCGGCCUUCUAUACAAUGUGCGGGUGCUUCACCUGCCAAGAGCCAGCCUGUGGUGAACAGAAACCGCCAACCUACUGACUACGCAACCAAGCAUCGAGCAUCAAAACCUGUUUGGCUUUUGGCUCUAGAAAUAGUAACUGGAACUAUGGUGGGCUCUCUCUUUCUGGUUGCUGUUCUUGCUACUUUUCAAAGAUGUAACAAAAAAUCAUCUAUCAUUAUUCCUUGGAAAAAAUCUUCAAGCCAGAAAGAUCAUACGGCCGUAUAUAUAGACCCCGAGAUGUUGAAGGAUGUGAGAAGGUAUAGCAGACAAGAUCUUGAAGUGGCCUGUGAAGACUUCAGCAACAUAAUUGGGUCCUCACCAGAUAGUGUGGUCUACAAGGGAACCAUGAAAGGUGGGCCUGAGAUUGCUGUAAUUUCUCUCUGCAUCAAGGAGGAGCAUUGGACAGGAUAUCUUGAGCUCUAUUUUCAGAGAGAGGUGGCAGACUUGGCAAGGUUAAAUCAUGAGAAUAUAGGAAAAUUACUGGGCUAUUGUAGAGAGGACACUCCAUUUACAAGGAUGUUGGUUUUUGAUUAUGCUUCAAAUGGGACACUUUAUGAACACUUACAUUAUGAAGAAGGAUGCCAAUUCUCUUGGACACGGCGAAUGAAGAUUGCCAUAGGCAUUGCACGCGGACUCAAGUACUUGCACACAGAAACUCAGCCUCCAUUUACUAUCUCAGAGCUCAAUUCUAGUGCUGUAUACCUUACAGAAGAAUUUUCCCCUAAGUUGGUUGAUUUUGAAAGUUGGAAGACAAUUCUCGAAAGAUCAGAAAAGAAUUCUGGUUCUAUUGGCAGCCAAGGUGCUGUUUGUGUUCUUCCAAACUCGCUUGAAGCGCGCCAUCUUGAUACCAAAGGAAACAUAUAUGCUUUUGGGGUACUUCUGCUAGAGAUAAUCAGUGGUAGACCUCCAUACUGUAAGGACAAAGGGUACUUGGUGGACUGGGCCAAGGACUAUCUUGAAAUGCCAGAUGUAAUGUCACAUUUGGUGGAUCCUGAACUGAAACAUUUUAGAAAUGAUGACCUCAAAGUGAUAUGCGAGGUAAUAACUCUUUGUAUCAACCCUGAUGUCACUGCGGGUCCAUCCAUGCAAGAAUUAUGUAGCAUGCUUGAGAGCAGAAUUGACACAUCAGUAAGCGUGGAGCUUAAGUCAUCAUCUUUGGCUUGGGCUGAACUUGCACUUUUAUCAUAAUAUAGUCAAAACUCAAAGUUAACAGAUCUACACUAAAGCAGAGAGAUAUACACCAGUAAUACUUUUCUGACUACUUUCUUUAUUUCUUUUUCUUUUACUUUUCAAUUUUAUUUCCAUUGUAAAUGAUUGCUCAAAAUGGGUACGUGUUAGGCCUAAGCACGACAAAGUCUCGUUGUAUAGCACUAGCGGACUAGCAGAAGUCCAGAAAUUGUUAAAUAG